GAAAACUGGCGCGAAUUGUCAUUUUCCAUUAUACUGUAAUUUGAGUGCAUUCGCCGUCUGAAAAAUAUCGCUAUGCCGUUCGUAAAGGACUUAUCGUAUCGCGAAUGGCCGAAUUCUUCAGAAAUCGCCAACGAUGAUUACCACGAGUUUUUGUCACUGAAGAAGCUGAUAGCGAAGAAUGCCAAGCACCAGCACUCCAUCUUCCGGUGCAGGUCCAUUGGGAUCCUCUCCAGCCAGGGCCAGGGCUACACUUUGCAUGAUAUUGACGACAGCUCCAUAGAGAUCCGCGUGUCCUUGCGCUACAUGAAAGCGAGUGUCCCGUACGCGGGGAGACCUUUCACUGCGCAUAUACUUGGCUUCGUCCAUAGUUCUUUCGGUGCGCCCGUUUUAUACGCCAUCUUUGUCAAGGACGUCUUUCCGCCUCUCGCUCAAAAACUGUUUAGCACAAUGGAAUGGAUAGUCAACAACCAUGCGGUGCUAAAGUCGGAAAGAAAGAGAAAGGACAAAUAAAAUUCAUCAGGAUUAGUGAUGAGUAUCGUCAUACUCGUCAGCAAGCAGGCCCACACAGGCCUCCAGCGGCCUCCUGUCACCCCAACUAACUUCAUGUUCCUUACAUCCACGAACCCU